ACCUUUGUAAAACAGUUGAAAAAGAGGAGUUGCUGUUUUCACAUGGCACUGCCUCUCACUUCCAUCCUCUGCUUCUCCAUUCCCCCCUCAAAAUCCAUAAAUCUCUGAGCCUCUUUUCCUCCUCCACUUUCACAAAAAUGUCGGCGUGGGAUCACUUCGGCGAGGCCGCCAACAUCAUACAGCUGACGGGGCUGAACGGCGUGGCGCUGGUGGGCCUGAUAGUGAAGGCGGCGAACAGAGCGCGAAUGCACAAGAAGAACUGCAGGGAAUUCGCGCAGCACGUGAAGCUGAUCGGGAAUCUGCUGGAGCAGCUGAAGAUUUCCGAGCUGAAGCGGUACCCGGAGACGCGGGAGCCGCUGGAGCAGCUCGAGGACGCUCUGCGCCGGGCCUAUCUGCUCGUCAACAGCUGCCAGGAGCGGAGCUACCUCUAUUUGAUGGCCAUGGGCUGGAACAUCGUCUACCAAUUUCGCAGGGCUCAGGAAGAAAUUGAUCGCUAUUUGAGGAUUAUCCCCCUAAUUGCCCUCCUUGACAAUACUAGGGUUAAGGAGAGGAUUGAAGAAAUCCAGAUGGAUCAGCGCGAGUACACAUUGGACGAAGACGACAGAAAAGUGCAAGUUGCGAUUUCUGAAAACGACAUGAUAGUCUUGAAGAAGAGCAUUUCUUGUUCUUAUCCGAAUUUGCCUUUCGACAAGGCACUACAGAAGGAGCAUGAGAAGCUCGAAGCAGAGCUUCAUCAUUCGCAGUCUAAUAUGGAUGUGAGCCACUGUCAUGUGAUCGAGCGUCUGCUCGAGGUAACUCAAACUGCAGCUGUGGCAGAGAAAAACUCGUCACAUAAAGUUUCCGAGAUGUCGGCCUCAGACCAGGAGCAUCUUGCCGAUGAGGAUGAUUCAAGAAAAUACGAUACUUCAAAGAGCUCAAGAGAAGCUGCGUUAUCCUCGGGGGAUAACAUAAUUUCAGCCAAGGUACCAGUUUGGCAAGACGAAUGGCAUGCAGAUCUACUCGGCUGCUGUUCAGAGCCUUCCUUGUGUGUAAAGACCUUUGUUUAUCCUUGCGAUACGAUUUCAAAGAUAGCAUCCGUGGCAACUAAUGAGGAUAUAUCCUCAGGAGAUGCUUGUAAUGAGAUAAUGGCCUAUUCCCUGAUACUAUCAUGCUGUUGCUACACAUGUUGUCUAAGAAGAAAGCUUCGACGGGCUCUGAACAUCAGGGGUGGUUUGUUUGACGAUUGCUUGUCGCAUUUCAUGUGUUGUUGCUGCGCGCUCGUCCAAGAAUGGAGAGAAGUAGAGAUACGCGGUGCGAAGAAGACGAGGACGAGCCCUCCGCCGUCUCAGCAGAUGGAGGACUACUGAAUGAUCAGUGUUCAUAUGAGUCGAAAUUCUGCAGAUUAAUUUGAACUUGUUCAGGUAGUUAAGCCACUAAUUUAACAUGCUAAAAAACAGAAGCUACUCGUUGAUAAAUAUGAAUAUUUACUUUGUACCAACUUUUUUUUAUAAAAUCUCUGUAGUUAAUGAUUAA